UGUGCAUGGAAACUCCUGGUCAGAGCAGUUAAUCACAUCCUUAUUUCAUCUCCCAUGUUCCCAAGGCCCAUUAAAACAUAAUGGUUUUGUUUACCCAGCCUCCAGUCAUUCCUGGGAAUACCUCAACAGGCCAAACAGGAAGGCUGGGCUGUGCAGCUCUGACUCCUCAUCACGUGAAGUCUCUUUGGUGAUGCUGUUCCCCCUGCCCCUGAGGGUGGCCUGCAGUCUGCUGGGCUGGUUCUCCCUCUACAAGUGGUUCUGCCACCGCUACAGGCACAGGAAUUCCGAGUGGAGCUGCAGGCUGGUCACCCUGACCCAUGGCAUCCUUGCCACCUGUCUCUCUGCUUACAUUGGCUUUAUCGAUGGGCCCUGGCCUUUGAGUCACCCAGGAUCACCCAACACGACCCUCCAGGUGCACGGGCUGUGCCUUAGCUUGGGCUACUUCCUCUUCGACCUGUGCUGGUGCGUGUACUUCCAGACGGAGGGUGCCCUGAUGCUGGCCCACCACCUAGUGAGCAUCGUGGGCAUCGCAGCCUCGCUGGCCCUGGGCGAGUCGGCGGCGGACGUCAACGCCGUGAUCUUCGGCAGCGAGAUCACCAACCCCCUGCUGCAGGCCCGCUGGUUCCUCAAGGAGACGGGCUCCUACCACACCCUCACGGGCGACGUGGUGGAUUUCCUCUUCGUGGUCCUGUUCACCGGCGUGCGGAUCGGGAUGGGGGCCUGGCUGAUGUUCUGCGAGCUGGCCUCCCCCCGGCCCCGCUGGUACAUCAAGCUGGGGGGGGUCAUCAUGUACGCCGUGUCCUGGGUGUUCAUGCUCAGCAUCUGCCGCUUCGCCAGGAGGAAGAGCAUGAGGAAGUACCAGGCGUGGAGGAGCCGCCGGAGCGGCGCCUGGUGCCCGAAAACCAACGGGCACCUGAAAACCCACUGAGGGGGGUGCUGAGGAGAGAAUUCCUCGAGUUCACGCUGCCUGGCAGGGAGGGGGGGAUCGUGCCUGGAAUCGGGAGAGGAGCCAGCUCACGUUAGCGGUUCUGGAGCCAAGUUUAUCCCUGGCUCGGCUCCACUGCCGUCCGUGGAGCUGUGCCAUGGAUUCAUGGGGGCUGCAGUGUUUGGCCUGGCAGGGGCUGGGUGAGCACACGCUGGAUGGCACGAGGGAAAGAAGGGCUAAUUUUAUAUACUGACCAUUGACUAGUCCAGCAGUGCAGGUGUAAAUAGUGGUGUGAGUAGAAAACCUUCAGCACCGGUAGAACCUUGGAGAAGAGAGGAGGAGAUAACACUGGGUCUUCAUGUUCAGUGUCCUGUACAGUGUAGGCAGCUAAGAGUGUUCCUAC